AUGGAGGCCCAAAUAACACCACUGUUGGAAGAGGCUGUCAAGGACAAGAAGGUACCAGGGGUCGGAUGUUUCAUCAUCGACUCCAAGGGCAACUUUCUGCUCAAAGAGACCUUGGGAACCACUCAUCUCCAGGACCCCGAUGCCGCCCCAUUCGACGCGGACACCACGAUGGCAAUCUUUUCAUGCACCAAACUUAUCACCGUGAUUGCUGCGCUGCAACUGGUCGAACAAGGCAAGAUCUCCCUCUCGGACCCGGUGGAGAAAUAUGUUCCUCGAAUCUCGAAGAUUCAGGUGCUCGACUGCGUCAAGACAGAUGCAGAUGGCAAACCCGAGCCCGUGUUGCGCUCCCCGGCGUCAAAACCGACCAUUCUGCAUCUUAUGACCCACACAGCUGGCUUUACGUACGAUUUCUUUGAUCACGCAACACUUGCAUGGCGCGUGAGCACAGGUCGCGCUCCCAUGCAGUACCACUCGAUCGGCGACUGGGAGGAUUAUGAAACGCCUCUGGUGGUCGACCCAGGUACUAAAUAUGUCUAUGGCAUCGGCAUUGACUGGCUAGGUUUCGUUGUCCAGGAAGUCACCGGCCAAGCCCUGCCCGAUUAUCUUGCUGAACACGUCUUGAAGCCCUUAGGCAUGAACGACACAGGUGCUAAGCUUCCGCCGGGAAAGAAGAACAUCUAUCUAGUCCACUUCGAUGUGCCCGAUGGAGCAGGGCUUGUAGGAGUUCCGGACGCAAAGCAUAACGAAUCCCCUGUAACCUGGGGCGGUGGAGGCUUCCUCUACUCGACCAUGAACGACUACGCAAAAUUACUGGCGGCGAUACUCAACAACGGCACCUCACUCACCACGGGCAACUCGGUCCUCAAACCUGAGACCGUCAAAAACUUUCUUUUCAAGGACCUCCUUGGUCCAGAAGUCGACAAGUCCGACGUCGGUGAAGUUCGUGCGAGUAUUCCACAAGCCUCCCUUGAGGGAUCCUUGUUGCCUUCGAUCCCACCCGAGAAACGAGGCUGGUCGGCCGGGCUGCUCAUGAACCACGACGAUUUACCCUAUGGUCGCAAAGCCGGGUCUGGCGCAUGGGCCGGCCUCGGGAAUUUGUACUACUGGAUCGAUCCCACGACUGGCAUUGCGGGGAUGAUUUGCUCGAGUAUUCUGCCGUUUUUGAACCCUACGGUUAUGAGGCUGUUUGAUGAGCUAGAGAGGGUCGCCUAUGGACACGGUGUCAGCGACGAUGACGUGGAUCCAGAUAAGAGGAACUACAAGCCCAAGUCGUGA